AUGGCUGCCACUCCACAAAGACGCCAAGAAUUUUUCAGCAUCAAGUUUGCCCGAGCUGUCGUAUGUGAAUUUGUAGCCACUGUGAUCUUCAUUUUUAUUGCUCUAGGAUCAGCCUUCAAAUGGCCCUUAGAGCUGCCCAGCGUCCUUCAGAUCUCCUUGUCUUUUGGCCUAACCAUAUCUACCUUGGUUCAAGCUUUCGGUCAUGUCAGUGGCACACACAUCAAUCCAGCUGUGACUGUUGCCUACUUUGUGGGGAACCAGAUCUCCGCCAUCCGCUUAGCUUUCUAUGUCGUUUUACAGCUUUUGGGAGCCAUCAUUGGUGCAGGAAUCCUCUACGCAGUGACACCCAGACAUGUGCGUGGAACCUUAGCCCUCAAUGAUCUCUCCCUGGACACAUCCCCAGGUGAAGCCCUGGUAGUGGAAAUCAUCCUAACUUUCACUGUGGUCAUGUGCAUCUUCUCAGCUACUGAUAAACGCAGGACAGACAGCAGGGGCAACUCGGCAUUGUCUAUUGGACUGGCAGUCACAAUGGCUCACCUCAUGGGAAUUUAUUAUACUGGCUGCUCCAUAAAUCCAGCUAGAUCCUUUGGUCCUGCAGUCAUCACAGGAACGUUCAGUGGUGCUCACUGGGUCUUCUGGUUUGGACCCAUUUUUGGUGGUAGUUUGGCUUCAGUAGUUUACAACUACAUUCUAUACCCACGCAAAUUGAACAUGGAGGAGAGACUUGCUAUUGUGAAAGGUUUAUUUAUUCCAGAAGAUGAAUGGAGAGAGACACCAGAAACUAGGACUGAACGAAACUGGACUUGA